UCUGUUUCAACUAUGUUUUUCAGUUUUUGUGGCAAUUUGUAUGUACAUAAUAUUUAUAUUUCUAAUUGAUUUAAUUUUACACUUUGCUUCCACAAAGGCCACUGCAUCUUUGACUUGCGCCGCUCUUUUAACUCCUUUUUUUUUAUUUACAACCGGUCAGCUUUCUCUUUUUCCCGACAGCCGCCGCUUAUUUUCUCUCUUUUCUUCUUCUCUUUCUCAGCAGCCGAUAAUUUUAUUUGGAUUUUCCGACAAAAGAAAAUUUAAAUUCUUUCCUAAAUUCUCCUUUUAUUCCCUUUUCUUUAUUUUACAGCCGGUCAGUCCUUUUCUUUUUUUCUGA